GUUCUAAGGUAUUACACUUGCACUUAAUGAGGAACACUUAAGAUUUCCUGGAACUCUAUUUUUCUUAAGAACUGGUUAGAUAUGGUCCUGAGCUGCAGUCAGUUAACGUGAAAUUACGGUGACUCUGAUUUCGUGAGGUACAUUAAUUUGUGACAAUAACGGGUAUUUGCGGCUUGCUGUUCAAUACUAACCAUUGUUAUUUUUUAAUCUACAUAUACGUACAUAUGUAUUUUUAUGAUAACGUUAUUCAAUAAAAAAGAAAGAGGAUGGAGAAAGUAUUACAUACAUUAAAUACAAAAUUAAUUGCUGCAGAUAAACAUCAAGAUUUGAUUAAUAAAUACAAAAAAUUAUGUACAGAUGAAGAACGUAUAGUAUUUACUCUUAAUGUUAUGCUAGAAUAUAAUAUAAUUCCACAAGCUUGUGGUGAUGUAAAAGAUGCGAAGGAAUCUGAGAAAUUGAGAGAACAAGGUAAUAAACUAUUUGUUUCGACACCAUUGAAAAAUUAUACAUGUGUGGAAGCAUUAAAAUUGUAUACAAAAAGCAUAGCUUAUGCUCCUUAUCCAUCUGAACAACUUGCUUUGGCGUAUGCCAACAGAUCUGCUGUUCUAAUAAAGUUACAUAAAUAUGAGUUAUGUAUUCAAGACAUAGAUAGAGCACUAGCACUCACAUAUCCAGAUAGUUUACGCGCUAAGCUUUGUGUAAGAAAAGUUGAGUGUUUAAAUGCUCUGGAACAUCCUCAUAUGGAAGAUGCCAUAAAAGAAGCACAAUAUUGGUUGGAAAAGAUGUCUUCAGAUGAUAUCAACCGAAAAAAAUUAAUUGAAAAACUAAAUAAUACAAAACACAAUGUAGUAUCUCAAAAGUUGAAGAAACAGAAUACCAUAAAACAACCACCGCUUCCUAAGAUAAAAUCUCAUAAUAUUGAAGUUCCUUGCGCUUCUGAUGCAGUAACUAUAAAGUACAAUGAAGAAUAUGGUAGACAUAUUGUAGCUACUCGUAAAAUAAGACCUGGUGAAGUAAUUGCAGUAGAAAAACCAUACUCAUUAAUAUUAACACCUGAUAAUAUACAUACACAUUGCUCAAAUUGUUUGGAGGUGUCUUGGGCCAAUAUACCUUGUGAGCACUGUACAUAUGCUAUGUAUUGUUCAGAGGAAUGUAGGAUUAUGGAAUGGAAGAAGUAUCAUGAUGUUGAAUGCGCAGUAUUUCCCUCUAUGUUAAAGAUGAAUUUUGUCAAAUUAGAUCUGUUUAGUUUAAGACUUGCAAUUCAAGCUGUGAGAGAAGCUACAAAUAUACAAGAACUAAAGGAGGAGUUAAAAGAAGUUGAUAGUUGUGCUGCUUCUCGAACAAAAGGUUUUUCUAAAGAUGGAACUUUUCCUACUGAUAAAUAUAGGAGUUUAUUAGGUCUUGUGACUAAUACUGAAAAACGUUCAGUACAAGAUCUCUUUAGAAGAUCUUUAGAUGCAAAUUUUAUUUUAUAUUUUGUAGCAACAUGUACUAAUAUGUUCGGAAAUCCAUUAAGCAAAGAUUUAUCUGUGUUAAUAAAAAAUGCUGAUGUUACAUUUGUUGGUGGUCUUAUUUUGAGACAUCAGCAACUAAUUCCUAGUAAUAUUCAUAGUUUCUCUGAGGAAUGUGGAUUAGAGGCAGUUGAACGUGGUGCUGCAGCUAUGCCAUUCUCCAGCUUAAUUAAUCACAGUUGUAAUCCAAAUAUCUUAAGGCAUUCAAGAUCUAAAUAUGUUAUUAUCUAUGCUAUAUAUCCUAUUGAAGAAGGUGAACAGUUAUAUGAUAUUUAUACUCAACAUUAUGCUAUUACACCAAAAGCUGUGAGACAAAAGAAACUUUUGAAACAGUAUUAUUUUAAGUGUAAUUGUCUACCAUGUCAAGAGGAUUGGCCACUAUACUAUAAUCUAAAAUCUUUCAGAAAUUUAGUUAAGAAGGAGGAAGAUAAGAACAGGAUUAGACAUGUGUUAAGAAAAUUUAAUAGAUAUGUCGAUAUUGCAACAGAAGGAAAUAUAUCAGAUAAACAUAUCGUUGAUGAUUUAUUAAAAAUGAUUGAAGUACUAUAUGAAUUGGUGCCAAUGCCGAAUAAAGAAAUGAAUAACGUAGUAGAAACUUUGAAGCGUGUAUACGAUUUAAAUGGAAAUCGGUUUGAAAUUCCUGAACUGUAAGUAACGUCUUAUAUGAUAAAAUUUAAACAAAACAAAAUUUUAAUAUGUUUUGUAUAAAAAUAAUGUGUAAAAUAAUGUGUAAUAAUGUGUAUGAAAAAUAAAUGUGCGUUUUAAACUA